GUAAUAAUUUCUAUUUAAACCGGCAGGUGUCGCAUGUGUUAGUUAUAGUAAGAGAGGCAAAUGGCGGACUUCGAUGCGAUUUACGAAGAAGACGAAGAUCAAAGCUAUCUGGACGAAAGCGUCAUCACCGUAUUACCAGAACCCGUAGUCAUUAGAGGUGCGGGAAACAUAACCGUCUUUGGACUGAGUAACAGAUUCGAUACGGAAUUCCCCGCGGCUCUUUCGGCCAAGGUGGCCCCCGAAGAAUACAAAGCAACCAUCACCAGAAUCAACAGCGUCCUGAGGAAGACGCUACCCGUCAACGUCAAAUGGUUGUUCUGUGGAUGCCUGUGUUGUUGCUGCACUCUGGGAUGCUCUCUUUGGCCGGUCAUCUGCCUGAGCAAACGGACUAAACACUCGAUUGAGAAAGUAUUAGAUUGGGAGAAUAGUCAUCUUUAUCAUAAGUUGGGAUUACACUGGAGGCUCGGCAAACAGCGUUGCGACACAAACAGCAUGAUGGAAUACGUCUUGUACGUGGAAUUUCUUCCGAAAAUGCCCAUCCACCAUCCAGACUAGAUGGCGGGAGGAUCGGAUGUCGCUCAUCUUCCAGGACCGCGCCGUGGCCUCGGACGUCGGGCCCGCGGCGCGGCCACACCCGGUGAUAUGUACAUAGCUAUUUUGCAGCGUCGCCGCACUCGUCUAAACCGCAGCGGGAGGUUCGUUCCGUCCCUCCGUCGAAAGGGCGGCGCCUUCCCGAUUGUUCACUUUAGCCAAAGACAAUCUCUGUAAGAUAGAUAGCAUUUUUGUCUCUUCACCUCGUCCCCAGUGUUUUAACGUUCUUGUCACCUUACGUCCCAAUAUUAGCAACUUUUAAACUUUCCACGUUUAGAAUUUAUAGUUUUAUUAAGCCCAUGUGCAUAACCACACGUUAAAGAAAACAAACAAACAAAAAAUUAUUUUGCUAAUUCGAUGCUAGUUGCUAUAUAUCGAGUCUCCAUUUUUCCUCAUCACAUAUUAUUCUUCUAACUGCUACUCUCGUAAGUCUAUUCUCUCGACACGUGUCUUUCAUCGCAUAUCCGAAAGUGUAAAAUAGGUACGGUGUUCGUAAUUAGAAUAGUUAUUUUGUGUAAAGAAGCAACGGCACGCGGACGGUUCUGUAUAGUACGACACUAUUUUAAAUUUGGCCAACCGUGCGUACCGCUCGGCAUCAUCAUUGUCGUGCCCGACGAGAUCUAAAUAAGUGCAAAACAAGAUUCCUAAAAAGCUAAGACAAUUAAUGCACAAGAGUUAUUUUUGUUUUGUCUCGUUUGAGAAUUGCACGUCUUAGUCGUUCGCCGGGAACGAGACAUUUGAAGUUUUUCUUUAUCGCAGUCAAUUCAGUUUUCGAAUGACUUCCUCUCAUUUGGCGCAAAUUUAUUUUUUGUGUUGCACAUUAAUCAAAGUGCCUUCAAUCUCACUACUUUGAUUUACAACCGAAAGCCGAAGCGGAAAAUCAUCGAACAUUUUGUCGAAUCUGUUAUACCACUUUUAUUUUGCAAGAUUAUAUAUAAAGUUACAUUUAUAUGUUUCAUCUCAGGUUAUUAAAUUAUUUCAUUCUCUUGAAA